AUGGAAAGUAGUCAGAAGUGUCGGGCUUGCUUUAGUUUCAAUCCUCAAUCAUACUUUUGUUUCAAAGGACUUGUCAUAUGCUCGUUGUGUGUCAAACAAAUAAAACAAGAGUUUUCAGGGCUUGAUAGCAUGCAGAGUGAUACCAAGAAUCAAGAUCAUCUAGUCCAAACGAUAGAACCAAACAAGAAGCUCAGAAUAGAUGACAGCAUGCAAGCAAUAUGACAGACAUUAGAGCAUGUCUUUGUAUCAUUAGAAUUCAUUGUUAAAAAUAAAGUUGCAUUGAACAAGAAUGAGGAUAAGCAACCUUCAAAUAAAAAUAGUCACCAUCUAGGCAAACUCAACGAACAUUUAGCAGCCAUAAAGUCUCUAACCAAGCAAUUGAUUUCAGCCAGCAGUGAAGUUUGUUCAGAAGCAAUGGAGUCUUGUUUCAAGUCAAGAACACGCAACUUCAACAAAGUCUUGCAAAGCAGAGCAUCUGUUUGACGACAACUCAGAGUUGAGGCAGAUUAUGACAAGUUUUGCAAACAAAUGACUCAAACUAUGCUGGCAAACAUUGCACCCGAGCCAAGACCGAAUUAUUCUUGGAAAGAUUCCGAAGCUGAUCCUUCAGAGUUUGUCAUUUCCACUCCUAACCAAUGUCAGUUUGUAAAAUCAUUUAAUCUUCCUCUUGAUUGAGAAUAUACAAAAUUUUUCAUAGAAUCAGAGCUUAUGAAUACAAAAUUAAUGGCAAAGUUUGCUAAAAGUUUGAUUCCUUGUUCUAUCGAAUCAUUAAGAAUCAACAUCAAUUGUAAUAUAGUCAAGAUAAAACCAUAUUUUAAAGAAAUAUUGAGCGUAAGUCAUAAAAUCCAAGGGCAGAUUGAGUUCAUGUUCUUUGAGUUCACCCAUAAAGAACUUCUAAGGACCUUCAGGGCUUUUAGACAUGUCAAAAGUUUGAAGUUUACAUUAUGACACCUAAAACUUGAUAAAACUGCUGACCUGUCAUUGGCGUUGAAAGGAACCAAAAUCACAAAUCUGAGUCUCCUAAGUUGUAGUAGAUACUCUGGCUGGGAAAACAACCCUGAGCUGUUUUUAAGACUUAUUGAAACCUUAGGCAGCUCUCAGGAUUUGAAGAAGAGUUGUCAACAGAUCUGAUGUUCUAGAUAUUCAAGACGGCAAGAAGACAACGAGUUUUUGUCUAAAGCAUUGAAAUCUUGUGGGUUUAAUUGAGGUUUUUACUGAGAAAGUUAAGUUUUGUUAAUACUCAUGGUUUUAAGCAUUAAAAUAUAUAAUUACUUUUCAGUUUAUG